UUUUACGUCGCUCUUGUGUUUGUAAACCAGGAAACUGUGAGAUUGUUCUCAACAACCGCCAGAAGCGGAUGCCUCAGAACACUUCGCCAUCGAGCUCAAAUGAUUUUAUGCUGAAAUCGGCUUGUUUUAUUGCAACGGGAGGCAAAGGUUUAUCUCAUAAAAAUGAGUGAGGUGAGCCUAUGUCAGGCACGGGCCACCGUCAUGAUGUAUGAUGACACCAGUAAGCGGUGGGUCCCCGCCGGCACUGGAGCCCAGUCCCUCAGCAGGGUCUACAUCUUCCACAACCCCAGCAACAACAGCUUCAGAGUGGUGGGCCGCAAACUGCAGGCUGAUCAGCAGGUGGUCAUUAACUGCCCACUUAUGAAGGGUAUAAAGUACAACCAGGCCACCCCAAACUUCCACCAGUGGCGUGACACUCGACAGGUGUGGGGUCUGAACUUCAGCAGUAGGGAGGAAGCUAUGCAGUUUGCUACCACCAUGCUACAAGCCCUGGAUGUGCUCAGCGGUAUGGCAGGUCCCCCCAAGCCUGCCUAUAAUGGACCAAGCCUUGAGGAGCAGCAAAGAAUGCAGGAGCGAGAGAGGCAGGAGAUGGAGAGGCAGGAGCUGGAGAGGCAGGAGCUGGAGAGGCAGAGGCAGGCGGCUGCUCCACCCCCUGCGCCUGCUCCACCCCCCGUCGUAGCUGCACCGCCAGCUCCUGCUGGAGUUCCAUCUGCACCUGGGCCCCCGCCUCCUCCUGCACCUCCUCCCCCACCCCCUCCAACUGGUGGGGCUCCUCCUGCCCCACCACCACCACCUUCGGGAGGAGGGGGAGGUUUUGGAGGUGGAGGUGGAGAUGGAGGACUGGCUUCAGCGCUUUCUGGUGCUAAACUCCGCAAAGUGGCCAAGGAUGAGAGUGGGGCUGCAGCUCCAGCUCCAAGAGAGAGCCCCCAGAGCUCAGGAGGUGGAGGAGGAGGUGGAGGAGGUGGAGGAGGAGGUGGAGGUGGAGGAGGUGGAGGCUUGAUGGGAGAGAUGAGUGCACUGCUUGCAAAAAGACGAAAAGCUACAGAUAAUCCAGUGGUGAAAAAAGAAGAAAAUAAUGAUGACUCAGCAUCCUCAGAUUCCAAAUCAGGAGAUAGAACACCAGAGACCACCAAAAAGCCAUGGGAGAAGUCUGGCUCCAUCCGAACUAAUUGCACCCCUAAGGGCCUUGAGAAGAGCCCAACCACAGCGCCAGCUUCACUGACCAGGGUAAGGCCUGCCAGCAGCGCAAGUGACACAGCCCCCAAAGAAAGCUUCGAUUCGGAGAAAUUAAAACAGGAAAUACUGGAGGAGAUGCGCAAGGAACUGCAGAAAGUGAAAGAUGACAUUAUUGGAGCCUUGAUCGAAGAGCUGCAAAAGAGGAGCUCCCCCUAGCGGCAUCACAUGAAAACAGCUCAUGCUUUGCAGUGCAACAGGAAAAAAAGUCAAUCUGAAGGUUGCCCGAACAAACCAGAAAUGGAAUGUAGCUUGUUGCUAGUGUCUCUCUCUCAGUCCAAACAGUGUGGUGCAAACAAAAAAUGCAGAUCCCUUCAAAAGUGCAUAUUUUUUCCUUUUCUGCUAUUCUGUUGUGCUUUUUCUGUGGAAGCUCUUAUUUCUCUAAAGCUCUCUGAUAUCUUCUCAUCUUUCUGCAUUUCCUGAUGUUUUCUUUUUAUCUGCAGACAUAUUACAGAUCAUCCCAUCAUAGCAGAACAUUAUAAUAACCAUAUGCCAUAUGUCAAAGGACAAUAAAGAACAAUAUUAAAGUCAACACAUUUAAAUUACUACAUUGAAAUUACUUUAUCUCAGUAGUGUAUUAUAUGUGUUUGAAACUGAAUACUUUUCCUGGUGAAAAGUAUUUGCGGGUAAGUGUUUUACUCAGGGAUCAACAGAUGCAAGUUUAUGCAUUAUUUUUAUAUAUAUGUAUUUCAUUUUUACAUUUCUUGUGACCCAUUGUGAUUGCUUCUCAGGCUAGAGUUCUGUUUCUCUUUACUUCUUGUGCCCUUUAUAUUUUCACAGCGAAAGUGGUUUGUAAAUAUUGUCUUACUCUGGUGAAAUGAUUGUUUAACAGGGCUUUUUGCCUGGCCUAUCUUUAUUUGCCCGAGUUUAGACAAAUUGCCAUUUGUAUGGUAUUGACAUUCACUGUUCUGAAAAUACAGCCACUGUUUAUACCA